AUGGAAAGAAGAAGAUAUGGUAAUAGAUCAUUCUCAAAUUCAAGAAGGUAUAGAAAUAAUGACCAAAGAACUAAUGGAGACUCAAUGCCACCAAGAAGAACUAAAAAUGAUAAGGAAGUUUCAGCACCACAAUAUGUUAAAGUCCGAGUAACAAAUCUUGGACCAAAGGUUACUGAAGAAGAUAUAAAUAAAUUAUGCUCUAUGAAUAAAGUAGAACCAUUAAAAGUCUUUUUAAAAUCACAACAAGAUGGAAAUAAUGUUGCUACAGUUCUUUUUAAAACAGAAGAAGAUGCUAAUAAAAUUAUUAAUGCAUAUAAAAAUGUAGAAUUUGAUGGUAAAUUAAUGAAUUUUGAAAUUAUUUCAACAAAAAGCCAACAAGGAUAUCAUAAUGAUAGAAGAAGACGUUUCCAUGAUGGAAGAAAUAGACAAAGACAAUUUGGAGGAAUGAGAAGAGGAUUUAGAAAUAGUUUGAUUGAUAAUGUUACUAGAGAAAUUAUUAGAAGAGAACGUAUGUACGAACAAAGUCUUUAUGGAAAUAGAGGAAGAUUUGAUGGUAGAAGAGGAUUAAAUCAUAUUGGUAGAAGACAUAUGAACCACAACAAUAGAAGAAAUGACAAUAGAAUAAAAAGAAAUACAAAUGAAAGAAGACAACCAAGAAUGUCUUAUGAAAAGAGAUUGGAGAAUAUGAAUUCCAAAUUAGAGGCUUAUAUGAAGUCUUAA